CAGAACAAACUUUCGUUGCGUCUCUCUCUAGCUGGGGUUUCUUUACGCAGUCUGUCUCUCGCUCCUAGGGUUUGAUAUCGGCAGGACAGUGCAUCGGCCUCCUCUAUGUUCCCGCCCAGCUCUCUUCUAAUUAAAUCAGGCUUCAUCUAAUCCUUUCUAUCCUGCUUCGUUUUUCAAAGUCAUCUCUGGUUUUUCUUUAUAUUUUCAAUCUACUGUCGCGUAUUAGGGUUUCGCAUCCAUUAUGAUUAUAGGCUUUUUCCCCUGCAUCGGUUCUGUUUCUAUCUGCCACAAUCUUCGUGCUUUUGGUCCUGGUUUGAAUCCUUUCGCACCCUAUUGUAUGGCGAAUCACUCCGUUUCCUCUCGCUAAUUUCAUCGUCCUUUGGUUUUUCUUCUGGGAGUUCUCUUUGUGUUUUGGCAAUAUUAUGUAAAUCGGUGGCCCUUGAUCUCUCGGGGCUCAUUCUUUGUUAAAUCCAGAUUAACAAGAAUAGGAGCUGGCAAUUGUUGCGGGCGAUUCUUGGUGUUUCGAAAUAUAAUAUUAAUUUCGAGAGAUUUUAAUCUUCGUUAUCAAAUUUCAGCUGUCACUGGUUACUUAGAUUGCUGAAAGACAUGCCUCAGGAGCAGCCGGGGUCCUAUCGAAGGAGCUUGUCAAGAAGGCGCUCCUUGAGGUCUGGGGCAGAUACGGAUGAUAGGGGGUGGACCUCACUUCAUGUUUGUGCUCGCAAAGGGGAUCUCAAAUUGGUUAAAAAGCUUAUUGACGAAGGAAUGGAUGUAAAUGUUAUUGCAUGGGGUCCAAAAUCAAAAGGCAUGACCCCGCUUCAUCUUGCUGCUGAAGGUGGCCAUCUUGAAGUCAUGGAUGAAUUACUUGAGCGUGGUGCUGACAUUGAUGCCAGGACUAAGGGUUCUUGUGGCUGGACACCUCUCCACAUUGCAGCUAAAGAAAGGAGGAGGGCUGCGGUGAAAUUCCUGAUAGAGAAUGGAGCAUUUUUGCCUCCUGAUAUCAACGAUUGCAGAUUUAAUCCCCCAGUCCAUUAUUUCCCAGGGCUGGAAUGGGCCUAUGAGGAAUUGAAGCGACUUCAUUCUGACAACUCAUCAUCAUCUGGGGAGACCUCUUGCAGCUCAGAAAGCUGAAACAUUUUCUUCAGGGGCUUUGGUCGAUGCUUGGUCUGUCUGUAUUAAAUCUAUAUGGUGUGAACUGAUAGAAGACUGAAAUAAGCAAACAUACCUGCCUAUCUGCUGUGUAAUGUAUUUUACGUUAUUGUUGUUUCAUUUGACCUUAAAAAACUGACUAACGUAUGGUUGUCAUGUUUAAUGUAUGACGAUUGUUACUGUAUUGGAUGCUAUAUCCCUGCAUGGUAACAGCGUGAUGUCGUGCGUUGGAAUGUGUUCUUUUGACCUCUUCGUUAUUGUCUGUUAUCUUCAUACAAUGAAAAUGGAUUGGUA